AGCAGGUUCGGUUCAGUUGAGCGGGAGGCAGCGGCGGUGCUGUUCCCCUCCCCCCCUCUCGCUGAGCCAUCGCUUCCUCCCUAUCAUGGCCGACGUGGGUUUGUUGAUGCAGGAUGGCCUGUUACACCCAAGCCAGGCGCAGGCGGACGGAGCCGGCGAUCAGCCGAAACCCAACACGGAUAACUCUAACCAGGCCCGGAUGGCACACCAACAAGCGCUACGAUUCCGUGGUCCAGCUCCUCCAACAAAUGCAAUGCUGCGGGGUCCACCACCACUUCAUGUACGUCCACCUCCUCCUCCAUUUGCGAUGAUGAGAGGACCUCCACCACGUCCUCCUUUUGGGCGACCACCAUUUGAUCCUAGUAUGCCACCAAUUCCACCACCACCAGGAGGAAUUCCACCACCUAUGGCUCCACCACAUUUACAGAUUGAGUUAGGCAGUUGCUUUGCUGGCAGGGUGCAGUGGGCUCUGGAGAAACGG